CUGGAAAGACCGAAUAACAGCACGUGUCUGCCCUUCUUUCCUUCCCUCCCAUUUCCCCACACUCAACCGCCGCCCAUUUCCCGCCGCCGCCCCGCCCUCCAUUCUUCGCCGGAGUUUCCCACCAGUCAUUUCCCCUUAAAUUAUCUCUUUCGUCACGUUUUCCUUGAAAGAUCUCGCCCCUCUGAAAUCCCCCUGAACGAUUGAUUCACACUCUGUAAAGUAAAGUCCGUCCCUUUCCCACCCGAAAAGCCGUUUCUUCAGCAGGAAGCACUACAGUCGAUUACUUUACUGUUGUAGAUGAUUCAUCGUCGGGCCGCAUGAUUCCACCCGAUUCACAUCUCGUUCUACCCGCUACGCAUCCCACACCGCUCCUUUUUCACGGCGGCACCGCCUAUCGAUCUUCUCUCCGGUUUGAUCCGACGACUGGAUCCCGCUACCGGCGGCGGAUGUGUAGCAUGUCUUCGCCCGUCUGUUGCUUCGGGGAAGGCAGUUGGCGGCGGAGGAGGACGAAGGGAGGGUUGAAAGUGGAGAUUGACAGUGGCGGGGAAGAUGUUUUGGAUGCAGGAGUUGCUGCGGAAUCGAGGGCUUAUCCUGAACAUCUGGUGGUCAUGGUUAAUGGGCUCGUUGGAAGCUCUGCGGAUUGGAGAUAUGCAGCAGGGCAGUUUGUGAAGAAACAUCCGGAUAAAUUGGUUGUGCACAGGAGUGAAUGCAACUCAUCUAAAUUGACAUUUGAUGGUGUUGAUUUGAUGGGUGAGAGGCUGGCUGAGGAGGUACUAUCUCUUGUCAGGCGUCGUCCUGAAGUGCGGAAGAUCUCAUUUGUCGCUCACUCCUUAGGCGGACUUAUCGCCCGGUAUGCUGUUGCAAGGUUGUAUGAGCAAUCACCAAAGGUGGUUCAAUCAGGAGAUGCAAUGCAAGGUGCUGAUAAAAAACCUUACGAAGACAGAAUCGCAGGGCUUGAACCAAUUAACUUCAUAACCUUUGCAUCGCCACAUCUCGGUUCACGAGGACAUAAGCAGUUCCCUAUUCUCUGCGGCCUUCCUUUUCUUGAGAGACAAGCAUCUCAGACUGCUCACUUGAUCGCUGGAAGGACUGGGAAACAUCUUUUCUUGACUGAUAAUGAUCAUGGGAAGCCUCCUCUUCUCCUCCGAAUGGUCAAUGAUUCUGAUGAAUUGAAAUUCAUAUCAGCUCUGUGUGCAUUCAAGCGUCGCGUGCUUUAUGCCAAUGCUAAUUUUGAUUAUAUGGUUGGUUGGGGGACAUCAUCAAUCAGGCGUCAAAAUGAGCUACCUAAGUCCACUGCACUUAGAUUAGAUGAGAAAUAUCCCCACAUUGUCUACAUUGAGCCUGAGAAUACAGAAAACAAGCAUGAUCGAACAUCUUCCUCAAGUCUCGUGGAACAGACGAUGGAUCUAGAAGAGAUGAUGAUCAAUGGUCUUACUCAAGUACCUUGGGAACGCAUACAUGUUAGCUUCCACAAGAGUAGGCAGCGGUUGACUGCUCAUAACACUAUUCAGGCAAGUGAAGAGCUAUUGGUUGAACUCAGAUGGUGCUGAUGUGAUUUACCACAUGAUAGAUAACUUCCACAUCUAGCUGCAUUGAAGUUGGGUUCUUCCCAUCAACAGUGUUCCAAAGAUGGCCUGGAUUUCUUCUUUAUUCUCAUGUGUCAUGUGCAAACAUGAAAGUUCACAUCUUGGUAACAUAUAGAGAAACUGCAGACAGCAGACUGUUGUGCAUUUUGCUCUUGCGUCUUGUAGAUUAUUAGCAUGUGCACCAAAAAGCUGUAUUUUCUCGAAAUUAGUUCAUCAUUAGACCAAACUGCCAAACUGUAUAAAGCUGUGUUACUGUGAUUGUAUAAUGGUGCAAUCUAUCUGGAUAAACUGCCAACCUUUUGGUUUGCUACUAUGGUGUUAAUAACUUGAAUUCCAGGCCUUGGCUUUAUACUCA